UAGAGGUGGAGCGCGGGGAGGGCGCGCGGCGGGGGGCGGCCGCCGUUACGGCGCGGGCGUGGUCACGUGGCCGCCGGUCAGCGCCGCCGCCGCCCCCUCCCGCCCUGUUCUCUCUCUGGUCGGGUCGGGCCCGGCCGGCACCACGAGCGCCCGGCAGAGACUGAGGGAGAGAGAAAGAGGAGGGGAGGAGGAGGAGGCGGAUUCAGGGAGUAGGAGCUGGGGAGCCCUCCUGCGCCACAGAAUCAGUCAGGAGCCAUCCAGAAAAUGGUAACCACAGGAGGUCUUUCAAGAAGAAAGUUAAUCCAGGAACUGGGUGCAGGAGUAAUUGGUGUGAAGCCAAAAGGGGCUGUGAAACAAAGCAGAUAUUAACAACUCCUGGAAGCCUCUGUGAUCCCCUUAAGGCUGGAGGAAGUGCCUCUCCACUGGCCAAAUCUUCCCAGAAGCCAGAGGGCAAGGUUGCUUGCGAGAUGCAGUUGCCUGUGAUACAGAGCAGCACCAGAAAAUUUCCAGAGACUUGGUGAAGACAGGAAAGCUAUCAGAAAGACUAUAGCACUAUUGUACUGUAUUUCCUGCAGCUCGGUUGAGGGAGAACUCAGCUGAUUUCUAUUUCUUGAGUCUUUGCUUCCUAUUGGCCAACCAAGACUUUUAUUUGGAAAACUCUGUUGUACAGAGUCUGACACCAUCUAUGAGCUGUAACAAGAGUAUGCAUUUUCAAGUGUCACUUAGAUUUGUGGAUCAAUAAAGUUUUCCUGAAAGGUGGUCACUUUUGGUGAUAUUGUCCAGUUCUCACAAUGUAUCAUUCCUUAUCUGAAACUAGACAUCCUCUGCAGCCAGAAGAGCAAGAAGUGGGCAUUGACCCCUUGUCGAGUUACUCGAACAAGCCUGGAGGAGAUUCAAAUCAAAAUGGAAGAACAAGUUCUACUUCAGACUCUGACGGAACUUUUAAUUCCUAUAGGAAAGAAUGGGAAGACCUGUUUGUAAACAGCAAUUACUUGGCAACAGUAAGACAGAAGGGGAUUAAUGGGCAGCUGAGAAGCAGCAGGUUCCGCAGCAUUUGCUGGAAGCUCUUUCUUUGUGUUCUUCCUCAAGAUAAAAGUCAGUGGAUAAGCAGAAUUAAAGAACUAAGAGCAUGGUAUAGCAACAUUAAAGAAAUACUCAUCACAAACCCAAGGAAGGUUGUUGGCCAGCAAGACUUGAUGAUCAACAAUCCCCUGUCCCAAGAUGAAGGGAGUCUUUGGAACAAAUUCUUCCAGGAUAAAGAACUUCGGUCAAUGAUUGAACAAGAUGUCAAAAGAACAUUUCCUGAAAUGCAGUUUUUCCAGCAAGAAAAUGUGAGAAAAAUUCUUACAGAUGUUCUUUUCUGUUAUGCUAGAGAAAACGAGCAGUUGCUUUAUAAACAGGGCAUGCACGAGCUGCUGGCUCCCAUCAUCUUCACCCUCCACUGUGACCACCAAGCCUUUCUUCAUGCCAGUGAGUCUGCACAACCAAGUGAGGAAAUGAAAACUCUCUUGGACCCUGAGUAUCUGGAACAUGAUGCCUAUGCAAUGUUCUCACAGCUUAUGGAAACUGCUGAACCUUGGUUUUCUACUUUUGAGCAUGAUGGUCAAAAGGGGAGAGAAACCCUGAUGACUCCUAUCCCCUUUGCUAGACCACAGGAUUUGGGGCCAACAAUUGCUAUUGUUACUAAAGUCAACCAGAUCCAGGAUCAUCUACUGAAGAAACAUGAUAUUGAGCUCUACAUGCACCUGAACAGACUGGAAAUUGCACCACAGAUAUAUGGGUUACGGUGGGUACGGCUGCUGUUUGGACGAGAGUUCCCCCUGCAGGAUCUUCUGGUGGUCUGGGAUGCCUUGUUUGCAGACGGCCUCAGCCUGAGUUUGGUCGAUUAUAUCUUCAUAGCCAUGUUACUUUACAUCCGAGAUGCUUUGAUCUCUAGUAACUACCAGACCUGCCUUGGCCUUCUGAUGCAUUACCCACGCAUCGGGGAUGUUCACUCACUGAUCCUGAAGGCUCUCUUCCUUCGUGAUCCAAAGAGAAAUCCAAGGCCAGUGACUUAUCAAUUCCAUCCAAAUUUAGAUUAUUACAAAGCCCGAGGAGCAGACCUCAUGAAUAAAAGCCGGACCAAUGCCAAAGGCGCUCCCCUGAAUAUAAAUAAGGUCUCAAACAGCCUGAUUAAUUUUGGAAGAAAGUUGAUUUCUCCGGCAACAGCCCCAGGCGGUGCGGGUGGCCCUGUACCAGGAGGCAGUGGCGCUGCCUCCUCCCCGGCCGUGGUUCCCACCAGGACCUUAGCAGAGGCCCCCAGGCCUCCUCUGCAGCAGCAGCAGCAGCAGCAGCAGCAGAGGCUGAUGAAGUCGGAAAGCAUGCCAGUGCAGUUGAACAGAGGCGAUGUAGUUACAGGAAGCGAUGCUCAGGUUUCUGUUCCUGUCCAGACCCUAACUGACCUCCCAGGACAAAGUUCUAAAAACAUCAGUUCGUCUCCAAGCAUUGAAAGUUUACCUGGAGGAAGAGAGUUCACUGGCUCCCCACCUUCAUCUGCUACUAAAAAGGAUUCCUUCUUCAGCAACAUAUCCCGUUCACGCUCGCACAGCAAAACUAUGGGCAGAAAAGAAUCUGAAGAAGAAUUAGAAGCUCAAAUUUCUUUCCUUCAAGGACAGUUGAAUGACCUGGACGCCAUGUGCAAAUACUGCGCGAAGGUGAUGGACACGCAUCUUGUAAAUAUUCAAGAAGUGAUAUUACAAGAAAAUUUGGAAAAAGAAGAUCAAAUUCUGGUUUCUCUGGCAGGGCUAAAGCAGAUCAAAGACAUUCUGAAAGGCUCCCUGCGCUUCAACCAGAGCCAGCUAGAAGCUGAGGAGAACGAGCAGAUCACCAUCUCAGACGACCACUACUGCUCCAGUGGCCAGGGCCUCCUGUCCGGGGCCAGCAAGCAGGCCCCUUCAGCAGUGCUGGGACGCAAGGAGAGAGGCGGCCUGGAUGACUUCAUCCUUGUCUCCAAAGACGAUGAGGGGGACGGUGCCAGGGCGCCCCCCAUGGGCCAGGCUCAGCCUCUGCGGCCCCUGCGGAGCUCAGCCAGGCCCACCCUGGUGUUCUCCGACCCCCUGACCGGCCCAGCGUCGGCCUCCUCCAGCAACCUCAGCUCCAGCCCCGACGACGACAGCAGCAGCAACAGUAAGGACUCGGGCUUCACCAUCGUGAGCCCCCUGGACCUCUGACCGCCGCCCGGCUGCUCCCGAGGAGACGCCUCUGAAACCCAGCCUCUUCCCAUUGCGCACGUGGCCUUGGUGCAGCACUUGGAACCUGUGGAGAGAAGCAGGGGGCCCGCAGAGCAUGUGGGCAGACCUUCCCCAAAAGGCAGACAGCUUUUCCCACAGCAUAACCCACCCCACCAGUAAGGCCCCAGCAUCUCACUCACUGUCCAAAAAGACCAAACCACAGCUAGACUCACUUGCCCUCUGUCCCCUCAUCCCCAACUAAGGUGUGGCUGCUCCAUCAGGUAUAUGUGGAAGGAAGAAGUGUGUUUCAGAUCUUCCCUCCUUCAGAGCAUCCAUCCGGCAUAGGAAAACUGAUAUCAAGGAAACAUUCUCUCUGGAAAUCUAUCAACCUAUUCCAUACUUCAUUCCUCCCCUGGGAGGCCAUACAGCAGAGCCAGCUGCGCCCAAAUGGACUAGAACCAGUGCAUUCCAGGGCUGGAGAAAACCUCCCAGAAAGUCACAGUGCCCUUCAGGAAGAGGGUCUGAACUUAGGAAUCAUGUGUGGGUGCAGCAACAUGGUUCCAAUUCUCCUCGUUUAUUAAAG